AUGGAAGAAGUUACAAUGGAAGAAUAUUAUGAUUAUUCUGCAUAUGAAGAUCCGGAAGAAGAAACUUGGAAUACUGAUCCGAAUGAUCAGAAAUUUGUAUUUACUCAUGAUUAUCUGGCUGCAACUAGAGCAAAAGAUUUAUUAGAAGAUCAAUCUCUAGUAUCAUUGGCUCAAUUAGUCAGAACAUGGGAAAUAGAAUUGACUUCAGAAGAAUCUUUAGAUUUAAUCGAGUUGGGA